AUGAGAUUUCUACCUUCUGCAACGGAAGAGUCCACUGAGAAGCAGCUAGCCGACAAGAAAGCUGCGGCAGUCGAGGAAUCAUGGCUGCAGGCAUGCCAGGAUCAGCACGAGCCAGCGAUACUCGAAGACAUUGCGGAGGAGCAUGUCGAAGACAACGCCGAAGAAAACCUCAGCGGUAUAAUGCCCAUGCCCAUGCCAGCGCCAAUGCCAAUGCCAGCGCCAAGACGAAACACGACGCUUCGCAGUAUGUCGGCGCCUGGUAUUUUCUCUGUCAGAAACAUGGAGGCUCAGCGAAUUGAAAGGGGGCGAAGGACGUUGACAGCACAACCACAUACUGCAUUGUUCUCUAGUAGUCUCAGAAAUAGACAUGAAAACGGGUUCCAUGAUAAUGCCACAAGCGAAAUCCUGCCGGAAGCGAUGCGAAUCAGUGAAAGCGGAGCUGCUCCAGUACUUGCUCAGCUAGUCAGCCCUGUGCAGCUAGAGUUGCCCUCAGAAGACGGAAAUAUUGAAAGAAGAAAGAGAAUCUGUCUCUGUGCUGUUGCUGCAAGCUGCUUGGUGGUAUUUGCCGUUGUGAUGGGGUUAUGUUUUGGCCUUGGCAAUGACAAGCAAGAACAAUCGUCACAGGAUGAGGUAUCCCCCAAGACAGAAUCUCCUACUGCUGCUCCAACAAUUCUUGCCGACACAUGGGAUGGGCUCCCAGAUGUCACAAUCACCGCCCUUGAAGAUCCCAGUUCUCCUCAAGCAAUGGCCUAUGAUUGGGUUUUGAACGACCCCAACAGGACAGUUUAUCCCCACUGGAAAAUUCUCCAACGUUUUGCUUUGGCUGCCAUCUAUUACAGCACUGGAGGGGACGGCUGGAACCUCCAGGAGGGCUGGCUCAGCUAUGGAGUGGAUGAAUGCUCCUGGUACGUCAGGAAGCUCGUCAGUGGUGAACGGGACUUUUUCCUGCAUGAAGGGACUAUUGAAACAAGCUCAGGACCUUCGUUUAUAGCCUCUGCCUGCAAUGCUGAGGGAAAAUACGCAUACUUUGUUUUCACAGAAAACAACUUGGAAGGAACACUCCCACCAGAGCUUUCUCUCUUGAGCAAUUCGUUGCGGUACCUGGAAGUUGGAUCCAACGAAAACCUUUAUGGUACGAUUCCAUCUGAGAUUGGUCUGUUAACAAACCUCCUGAGGUUCUAUGCAGACCGAAAUCUCCAUUCCGGCGAAAUCCCCGCAGAGAUUGGAAAGCUCUCCCUGCUUCAGGAACUUGAAUUGAGUCACAAUCCAUUCACGGGAUCAAUCCCUAGUGAACUGGGCAAGAUGGAGGCUCUCCGCCUGCUUAGUGUGGGUGAAUGCCGUCAACUAUCCGGGACACUGCCAACUGAGCUAUACAGCUUGACAAACAUGGUCACCUUUUAUGUUAAUGGUCUCGAAGGCCUGACCAGUGGAAUGCUCCUGCCUGAGAUUGGCCAAAUGACAAAGUUGGAGUCGUUUGCAGUCCACGAAAUCUCAUUCAAUAGUUCGAUUCCAACAGAAAUUGGUUUGCUUUCUCAUCUUUCAAAGCUCAACCUCUGGAAAUGCCACAUUACUGGAUCCUUGCCCAGUGAGCUGUUCCUUUUGACCAACAUGUGGAGAAUAGAUAUUGACGACAACGCCCUUACAGGCACCAUCGCGACAGAGUUUGGUCUUUUUCCUAAUUUGACGAUGGCUUGGAUGAAUGGCAAUGGCUUUACUGGAACACUUCCAGGCUCAGUCUUUGAGAGCUGGGGACAACUGAAUUACUUCAAGAUAAACAACAACAAUCUGCAAGGGCCACUGCCAUCACAGCUAGGCCUUCUGACUUCCCUGGAGCUCAUGUGGCUCAAUCACAAUGAGUUUUCUGGCAGUAUUCCGUCAGAGCUAGGGCUCUUGAACAAUGUGACUGAACUGUUUCUUCAUGAAACCAAUCUGGCUGGCAGCAUCCCUGAAACCUUGUCGGACAUGGCUGGGUUGGAGAUGCUAACAAUAUCAAACACCUCUCUCACCGGCUCCAUUCCCCACGAUCUCUGCGGUAGUAUUUGGGACAUGUCCUACACCUGCAAUGUUUACUUUGGACUUUGGACUGCCUGCUAUGAUGUGGAAAAAGUGAACUUCACCUGCUCUUCAAAUGAUCUUUGUGGAUGCGAUGCAUGUGGGGAAUGCAACUCUACCGGUAGCUAA